AUGUUUUCUCUGUAUUUUAGUAAGGAUGCAGAUACAAAUUCUAACUUCCCUUCUGUGAGAAAACAAAAAGUUUUGUUUACUCGAGGUUAAUUCUUGAUUUUUUAAUAAAUUUUAUAGUAAAUGCUUUUUAGAGAUUUAAAAAAACCAAUUUGCAAAAUAGAAAACAAAUAUUUAUUUAAUCUGUAAAAUUAUGCUUUAAAAUUUAAGCUAUUUAAAUUAAGCAAAGUUUAGAGGUUUCCAUAUAAUAAUUAUCAAAAUAUUUUUUAUAUAAAAAAAUUUUUUGGGCAAAGAUUUUCCAAUGGUUUUGUUUGCUUACAGAAGGGAAAUAAGUUAAUUUUGGGGGGAAUUGAUAAAGAUUAUAUAGAAGAGGAUGAGAUGAAGUUCUUAUCUCUUGUAGAAGGACAAAACAAUUGGGCAGUUAAUCUUGAAGAAGUAGAUUUAAUGGGUGAAACUAUUAACACUUAUAGCCAAGCAGUAUUUGAUUUAAGCACUCCUUUUAUUUUUGUCCCUCAUAAUGAUUUAUAUCGCAUUUACGAUUUUUUUAAAAGAAAAUACGAUUGCCAAGAUGGCCCUCAAAUCAAUUGCUACUGCGAUUAUAUGAGCGAAUAUCCAAAUAUAACGUUUUUUAUGGGAGGUCAGCUUAUCAUGCUACCUCCUGAAGGAUAUUUGCAAUACAAUUCCUCAAUUGGUGAGUGUGUGCUUUUAUUUGAAGAAUCUCAGACUGGUAAUUGGGUCAUCGGAACUUCUUUCUUAAGACAAUUUUAUAGCGCUUUUAGUCUACCUGCAAAUGGUAUUAGUGCCUCUAUUGGGCUAGGUGUGCCGACAGUAAAUCAUCAUAGUGGAAAUAAAGGAGAUUCCACUGACGAUCUACUUGGACUUAAAAUUGGACUUCCAAUUGGAGGAGUUAUAGCUUUAGGAGCUGUAGGAGUUGUAUGCUGUUUAUGUGUUAGUAAAAGAAGAAAAGCUAAAAAGGCUGCAAAAAACCAAGAAAAUAAACAAAACUUAAUAGUUUACGUAGCACCUGAUUCAAAUACUGAAAGAAUGCCAGAAGAGCCUAUAUUAAUUGAAAAUGCUGAUGGAGCUCAUAGAGAAGUGAGACCAAUCGUGGUGAUAAAUAUGCCUGAUAAGAACCCUCAAACGGUAUUUUAUCCUUUUUUACCACCUGUUGCAGUGAAUUAA